CAUAGGGGGCGCUCGGGCUCCGCCCCCCCAAAUGUGGAGGAGUAAAAAUAUAUAUUUUUAAAAAAUUCAUCAAUGAUAGUUUUACUAUGUGUGUGCCCAUAUACAGCCAGGCGUAUUUUAACAUUUUCACCAGCUGACUCAUUAAAGUUCAACCAACAAACGGUGUUUUUCUUCUUCUGGGGCGCUCGUCAAAGCGCCCUUGAUAUGCAGCGAAAUAGCCUAUCAUUAAAUGGUUGCCAGGGGAAAAUAAUAAAUAUUUGACCUAUCAGCGUCGCUGAAUUAAAUGGUUUGGGGGCGCUUAAAAUUGCGCCCCUGCAGAAAACGCGCAAAGAUUUGCUGUUCUAGAAUUUUACCUCAGUCAGUAGCCUAAGUGAGCUAUAAGGUCAGAGAGAGACGAUGGCAGCGGUAUUGUUAACGGUUGAGGCACAGCCUCCCCCAAAUUCGGUUAGAUCGCUUCUAACCUACCCUUUUGCCAGAAGGACAAUGGCAGAAAAACUGCAAGUUAAAGAGUUGGGACCUGACAAGCCCGAAAUUCAACUAACCCAGGCAACGAAGGAGAAGUCAAAAGCAUACAACAGGACUUUUUGUCGGAGUUGGUUCCAGCGCAAGUCGUGGCUGACAGGCUGUGGAACAGCUAAUGCACUUUUUUGUUUCCCGUGCAUACUGUUCAAAAGUGACAAGUGUGAUUUGACGUGGACACAAUCUGGACAAACCGACUUAAAGCACCUCUCCGAACGAAUCAAGAAACAUGAAAGCUCACGAGUUCAUAUGGACAACAGUGUAAAGCUAGCUGUGCUAGGGAAAACUAGCAUAGCGGCGCAGCUAGAUGAUGGACAUCGGAUUGCUUUAAGAAGGCACAACGAAGAGGUAGAUAAAAACCGUCAUAUUUUAUCUAAAAUCAUCGAUUGUAUUAAGUUUUGUGGUGCUUUUGAGCUAGCAAUGCGGGGACAUGAUGAAAGUGAUUCCUCAGACAAUCCAGGGAUUUUUAGAGGUUUAGUCGACUUGAUGGCAUCAAUUGAUCACGACUCGAGGCAACACCUUGAAAAUGCUACUGUAUUUAAAGGCACCUCGAAAACAGUCCAGAACGAGAUCCUGGAUUGCAUGUUGGCAGUUCUGAGAGAAAGGAUCGUGGAAGAAGUAAAGGCAGCGAAGUUUUUAGCCAUUCAAGCUGAUGAAACCACUGACAUUUCUACACACUGUCAGUUAGUCAUGGUGCUAAGAUACAUUGACCAACGAAACCGUAUUCAAGAGCGUUUUUUUGAAUUCAUCAAGCUACCCAAUGCUUGUGCAGAUGCAAUAGCCAGUGCCUUAUCGGAGAGGCUGCGCUUCAUCCUCCCCCAGGGACAAGAGAGAAAGUUGAUCGCCCAGGCCUACGAUGGGGCCGCUGUAAUGAGGGGUACCACUGGAGGAGUGCAGCGUAAGAUACAGGACAUUUAUGCUAACGCUCACUACGUACAUUGUUAUGCCCAUCAGUUAAACCUGGUAAUGCAACAAGCAACCUCCCACAUCCCUCAAAUCAGUCACUUUUUUUUCCGACAUAGCAGGAUUCGCUUCUUUUUUUUACUAAAUCGAGCAAGAGGACUGCAGUGCUUGACGAGGUGGUGGCGCACCGACUUCCAAGUGCAUCGGCAACCCGUUGGAACUUCAACAGUCGUGCUGUGAAUACAGUGUAUGAACAUAAAGACGAUCUGGUGAGCUGUUUUCAGACCAUCCGUAACAGUGAAGGAUUUGAUGCCCCUACAAAGAGAGAUGCCGGUGGUUUCGUGAGAAUGCUGGAAGACGAAGCUUUCUGUUUUUUUCCUGGCCUUGUUUCACAAGAUAAUGCCACAUGUAGACAUGCUGUAUAACCACCUACAGAAGAGAAACAUCGAUUCUGUCACCAUCGCAGGGAUCACCCAGACAUUCAUCAGCCGCAUGCAGGCUAUCAGGGAGGCACUUCCUAAUCUGGUUGUGGAUGAGGAGUACAGGGGACCUGUUCAAGACCCACCCACAAAGAGACGGAGAACAUUGGGG